AUGCCCCUCCAGGACUCAUUAUGUGCUCUGGUGAAGAGGAAAUACCUGGGACAACAGUCACACCUGGACGGAGACAUCCUUCCCGAACCCCCAAAAACCUGGCCUGAAUCCCCACUCAUAAAAGCACAUGAUAUUGCUUCGUCAAUGUCCCAGACUCAGGCAGAGAGAAUGAGAUCAGUUUUCAUCAAGGUCUCCAAGAUCCCCCUGCUCCUCCUCUUCCUGUACAUGUUCGUCUGCUCGUUGGAUGUCCUCAGUUCUGCCUUCCAGUUAGCAGGAGGUAAGGUGGCUGGGGACAUCUUCAACGACAACGCCAUACUGUCCAACCCGGUGGCAGGGCUGGUGGUGGGCAUCCUGGUGACGGUUCUGGUCCAGAGCUCCUCUACCUCCACCUCCAUUGUCGUCAGCCUCGUCUCCUCGGGCUUACUCAAUGUGAGGUCUGCCAUCCCAAUCCUCAUGGGAUCCAAUAUUGGGACGUCCGUCACCAACACCAUCGUUGCUCUGAUGCAGGCUGGAGAGAGGGAUGAGUUUGAACGGGCAUUUGCUGGAGCAACGGUACAUGACUGUUUUAACUGGCUGUCAGUGCUGGUGCUACUGCCUCUGGAGGCAACCACAGGCCUGCUGAGAAGACUGUCUCAGGCUGUAGUUGACACCUUCCACAUCAGCUCUGGAGAUAAGGCCCCAGAGAUGCUCAAGGUCAUGACUGAACCACUCACCAAACUCAUCAUUCAGUUGGACAAGUCUGUCAUCACAGGCAUCGCCAUGGGAGAUCAGGCCAUGAGUAACAGGAGUCUGGUGAGGGUAUGGUGUAAGAAUCACAUCCUAACGUCCUCUGUGAAUGUUUCUGUUGGUGAUUCCUUCAACUGUACGUCAGUACAACCCUGCUGGCAAAGCAAUGCAACAACCUGGACAACACAGAACAUGACUCUGCUUGUAAAUAUAGAAAAAUGCAGCCAUCUGUUUGUGGACUCGUGGUUGUCCGACCUGGCGGUUGGCCUCAUUCUGCUCGCCUGCUCUCUUCUGCUCCUGUGCACCUGUUUGUUGCUGCUGGUCAAGCUGCUCAAUUCCCUGCUCCAAGGCCAGGUGGCGAAGGCCAUCCAGAGGAUCAUCAACACAGACUUCCCCUACCCGUUUGGCUGGCUGGCAGGUUACCUGGCCAUCCUAGUGGGGGCUGGCAUGACCUUUGUGGUUCAGAGCAGCUCAGUGUUCACCUCUGCCAUCACUCCUCUCAUAGGUAUUGGUGUUAUCAGCAUUGAACGUGCCUACCCUUUGACCCUGGGGUCAAACAUUGGUACAACCACCACAGCUAUCCUGGCAGCAUUGGCAAGCCCAGGGGACAAGCUGGCCGCAGCUUUCCAGGUCGCCUUGUGUCAUUUCUUCUUCAACAUACUGGGCAUUCUGCUGUGGUACCCUGUGCCCACCACCCGCCUGCCCAUCCGAAUGGCCAGGACUCUGGGGCAGCGCACGGCCAAGUAUCGCUGGUUCGCUGUACUCUACCUGCUUCUGUGCUUCCUGCUCCUGCCCUCGCUUGUCUUCGCCCUCUCCAUGGCAGGCUGGCAGAUAAUGGCUGGGGUGGGCGUGCCCUUUGCUGCGGCCCUCCUCUUGGUGUCUGUAGUGAACAUGCUGCAGGUACACAGGCCAGGCUGUCUGCCAGUGAGGCUGCAGAGCUGGGACUUCCUGCCUGUCUGGAUGCAUUCCCUUCAACCCCUGGAUACCCUACUCACCAAGGUGACCCUGAGCUGCGCUAAAGGAGCCAGCGAGCCUGGUCUGAUACAGUGCUCCAUGGACCAUGAUGGUCCUCAGAAGAGGAGCCACAUGGCUUUGGACAACCUUGUUCUGUGUUACAUAGACGAAGCCCCCACAGUGGUAAUGUCCCAGGGGUCAGACGAAGCCCCCACAGUGGUAAUGUCCCAGGGGUCAGACGAAGCCCCCACAGUGGUAAUGUCCCAGGGGUCAGACGAAGCCCCCACAGUGGUAAUGUCCCAGGGGGCAGACGAAGCCCCCACAGUGGAAAUGUCCCAGGGGGCAGACGAAGCCCCCACAGUGGUAAUGUCCCAGGGGUCAGACGUGGUAAUGUCCCAGGGGGCAGACGAAGCCCCCACAGUGGAAAUGUCCCAGGGGGCAGACGAAGCCCCCACAGUGGUAAUGUCCCAGGGGGCGGACGAAGCCCCCACAGUGGUAAUGUCCCAGGGGGCGGACGAAGCCCCCACAGUGGUAAUGUCCCAGGGGGCGGACGAAGCCCCCACAGUGGUAAUGUCCCAGGGGGUGGACGAAGCCCCCACAGUGGUAAUGUCCCAGGGGGUGGACGAAGCCCCACAGUGGGGUGGACGAAGCCCCCACAGUGGUAAUGUCCCAGGGGGGACGAAGCCCCACAGUGGUAAUGUCCCAGGGGCGGACGGCCCCCACAGUGGUAAUGUCCCAGGGGUGGACGGCCCCCACAGUGGUAAUGUCCCAGGGGGUGGACGAAGCCCCCACAGUGGUAAUGUCCCAGGGGGUGGACAGGGCCAGUACCACACAGUGGCGACCCUCGCCGCCGACCUCGGAUUGGGGACCCUUGCCACGGGUCCCGAAUGGAUGGGAGAUUCCGGCAGCACCGGACGGACGGGAGAUUUCCGGCAGCACCGGACAGGAGGGAGACUCCGGCGGCGCCGAGUGAAGGGCGAUUCCGACAGUACAGGAGGCAGCUCCUGA